AUGGGCAACAAUCCGGUUUUUGCCGUCACUGUCUUUUUCAUUUGCUUCCGAGAAUGUCUGGAGACAAGUGUCGUUGUGUCUGUCUUGUUGGCAUUCUUGAAGCAGACGCUCGGGAACAGUGAGGAAGGCGAAACGUACAAACGACUCAAACGACAGGUGUGGCUAGGAUGUGCACUCGGGCUGUUCAUCUGCCUCUGUGUCGGUGCCGGCAUGAUCGGCGCCUUUUAUAGCCUGGGCACGGACACGUUCUCCAACACCGAAGAUAUCUGGGAAGGAGUUCUGGGCAUCUUAGCAUCCCUCAUCAUUGCGGUCAUGGGUGCGGCUUUGCUGCGGGUGUCCAAGCUGCAGGAAAAAUGGCGGGUGAAGCUUACCAAAGCUCUCCAGCAGCACGACCGGUUCAAUCGCUCUCGCAAAGGCCGGGUUAAGAUGUGGUUCGAGAAAUAUGUUAUGUUUAUACUGCCCUUCAUCACAGUUCUACGGGAAGGACUGGAGGCCGUGGUUUAUGUCGGAGGUGUCGGGCUGGGCCUGCCGGCCACAUCGUUCCCGCUGGCGGUUGUCUGUGGUCUCAUUGCGGGGUGUCUGGUUGGAUACCUGAUCUAUCGAGGAGGCAGUGAAACCACCAUGCAGUUCUUCUUGAUCGUCUCGACCUGCUUCCUGUACCUGGUGGCCGCGGGGUUGUUCUCCCGUGGGGUGUGGUACUUCCAGGACAACGCCUGGAACAAGAUCAUCGGUGGGGAUGCAUCCGAAACGGGCUCGGGUCCAGGAUCUUAUGAUAUCCGGCAGAGCGUGUGGCACGUUAAUUGCUGCAAUCCCGAGCUGGGCGGCGGCGGCGGUUGGGGUAUUUUCAAUGCCCUACUAGGAUGGACCAACUCGGCAACCUACGGGUCGGUGAUCGGCUAUAAUCUAUUCUGGGUGUGCGUGGUGCUUGCCUAUGCGGCGAUGUUGUAUCGGGAGCGGAGGGGUGCGAUUCCCGUCAUUGACCCGAUGAUUGCGCGCUACCAGGGGUUCAAGGCCCGGGCGAUAGCUGCCAUUCUUCGCCGGCCGGUUGAAGAGGACUAUGAUUCAGUGGAGCAACCAGGGAUUUUGGAAAGCAGUGGGAAGGAGAAAGCGGUUGGUUCAGGGCCGUCCAUGUCUGUGAGAGAAGCGGAGGUUAGGGCUGUGUAG